GAGCAUUUAGUAUUUGUUCAAACGCCAAAUCAUAGAAGUCGAAGGCGGCUCUGCACUGACAUCAACUGCAACGAUAAAGUGGAAGAAAUCCAAUCUGCUGGAGAAAGCUCUGUGGGAAGCAGGAAUUAUUGGAGGCAGUAAAUCAACAUUUCCGAUAAGCGAAGCCUUGUAGAUCCCCGGCGCAACGGCAUACCAGAGAACUAACGUCAACACCACUCGUGGAGCUUGCUGGCUGCUCGCCCUCUCCUCUCUCCUCGCCCUCUCCUCCGUCCCCUUGGUUCGCUCCUCUGACGUCACCAUGGCCGACGCCGCCAAGCAAGAGUUCGCCCGCCGGCUGGCCAUCUUCUCCAUCAAUGUGUACGGCAAGCUGUCGGCACAGAAAUCUGGCGAAAACGUCGUCUUCUCGCCGUUCUCCAUCCAGACCUGUGCGGCAAUGGCCCGUGUGGGUGCCGAGGGCGAAACAGCCGCCCAGUUGGACCGCGGCCUAGGGCUGGCCUCUAACGAUGCGGAACAGAUUGCCCAGAGCUUUAACCAGGUGCUGGCCACCUAUCAGGACAGCCAGAUCCUGCGCAUCGCCAACAAAAUCUUCGUAAUGGAGGGCUAUCAGCUGCGCCAGGAGUUUGACCAGCUGCUGAUCAAGCAGUUCCUCUCAGCGGCGCAGAACGUUAACUUCGCCAAAAACGCAGCGGCCGCAGCGACCAUCAAUGGAUGGGUGGAGCAGCGCACUAACAAUCUCAUCAAGGAUUUAGUGCCAGCUAGUGCCCUGAAUGCCGAUUCGCGAUUGGUCUUGGUCAAUGCCAUUCACUUCAAGGGCACCUGGCAGCACCAGUUUCCCAAGCACGCCACCCGGCCGGAUACUUUCUACCUGAACGGUGAACGGAGCGUCCAGGUGCCCAUGAUGAGUGUGAAGGAGCGGUUCCGUUAUGCCGAUCUCCCGGCGCUGGAUGCUGCUGCUCUGGAGCUGCCGUAUAAGGACUCGGACCUCUCCAUGCUGAUCAUCCUGCCGAACAGCAAAACGGGUCUGCCCGCCCUGGAGGAGAAGCUGCGUGCCACGCCGCUUUCGCAGAUCACGCAGGCGCUGCACAAGACCCAGGUGGUGGUCAAGCUGCCCAAGUUCAAGGCCGAGUUCCAAGUAGAGCUGUCGGAAGUGUUCCAGCAACUGGGCAUGUCAAAGAUGUUCUCCGAUGGCGCCGAGUUCGGCAAGAUGCUGCAGAGUCCCGAGCCGCUGAAGGUGUCAGCCAUCAUCCACAAAGCUUUUAUCGAUGUGAACGAGGAGGGAACAGAGGCGGCGGCUGCUACGGGAAUAGUGGUGCGCACGAAACGCGCCAUUAUAUCGCUGGAGGAACCUAUAGAGUUCCUCGUCGAUCAUCCAUUCACCUAUGCCCUUGUCCAUCAGGAGGAACUGCCCCUGUUUUGGGGCUCUGUUGUGCAACUAGAGGAGACAUCACUCGACUCCAGCGAGCAUGAUGAGCUGUGAUAGUGUCCCAUUUUAAUUCUAUAUCAAUAAAGGCGGAUAUUUAUUAAUAUUUUUCAAAA